AUGGACUCAGCCGUCGGUUCACAUAGGCCUACAGACGCCCCUCCAAGCCUACCGCCAAAGGGAGUGGAAACGCCUGCCACUACGACUGCUACGACUGGCCCGACGACGACUACUCCCGACGUGACCAAGGCAGUGUCCUCGGUCGGGAAGGCGCCGCCGGCCGAGCAGAAUGGCGUCGCUACAAGAAUCCCCGACUUGGAGGCUUCAGGCGCCGACCACAAGCCACUACCGGAGCCGACCUUACCCACGACGACCCCCAGCAAGGUCACCGAGGAGGCCAAAACGACCCCACGACCUCCCGACGGGAAGGAGGAAAGUGCAGUAACGACCUCGAAAGAUGUGAAAACUGAUCUCGCGAAGUCGCCGCCGCCACCAGCCGCUGUCGGGAAGGAAGCAGCGCCCCAGGCCAAGGCUACUCUUGAACUCGAUGUUAAGGACGACAAGACGACCUCGGGGAACGACCAGAAGGAAGACAAGCCUGUAGUGAAGGAGGAAAAGGAAGGCAAGGCAGAGGUGAAGGAAGAAAAGAAGGAAGACAAGCCUGAAGUGAAGGAGGAAAAGAAGGAAGAAAAGCCUGAAGUGAAGGAGGAAAAGAAGGAAGACAAGCCUGAAGUGAAGGAAGAAAAGAAGGAAGACAAGCCUGAAGUGAAGGAGGAAAAGAAGGAAGACAAGCCUGAAGUGAAGGAGGAAAAGAAGGAAGAAAAGCCUGAAGUGAAGGAAGAAAAGAAGGAAGAGAAAAAGGAAGAGGAGGAAAAGAAGGAAGACAAGGCAGAGGUGAAAGAAGAAAAGAAGGAAGAAAAGCCUGGAGUGAAGGAGGAAAAGAAGGAAGACAAGGCAGAGGUGAAGGAGGAAAAGAAGGAAGAGAAGGAGGAAAAGAAGGAAGACAAGGCAGAGGUGAAAGAAGAAAAGAAGGAAGAAAAACCUGAAGUGAAGGAGGAAAAGAAGGAAGACAAGGCAGAGGUGAAAGAAGAAAAGAAGGAAGAAAAACCUGAAGUGAAGGAGGAAAAGAAGGAAGACAAGGCAGAGGUGAAGGAGGAAAAGAAGGAAGAGAAAAAGGAAGAGAAGGAGGAAAAGAAGGAAGAAAAGCCCGAAGUGAAAGAGGAAAAGAAGGAAGACAAGCCUGAUGCAAAGGAAGAAAAGGAGGAAAAGAAGGAAGAAAAGCCUGUAGUGAAGGAAGAAAAGAAGGAAGAGAAGAAGGAAGAAAAGGAGGAAAAGAAGGAAGAAAAGCCUGAAGUGAAAGAAGAAAAAGAGAAGGAAGAGAAAAGGGAGGAAAAGAAGGAAGAAAAGCCUGCAGUGAAGGAAGACAAACCUGUAGUAAAGGAAGAGAAGAAGGAAGAGAAGGAGGAAAAGAAGGAAGAAAAGCCUGAAGUGAAGGAAGAAAAACCUGUAGUAAAGGAAGAGAAGAAGGAAGAAAAGGAAGAAAAGAAGGAAGAAAAGCCUGAAGUGAAGGAAGAACAACCUGAAGUGAAGGAAGAAAAGCCCGAAGUAAAGGAAGAAAAGGAGGAAAAGAAGGAAGACAAAAAGGAAGAAAAGGAGGAGGAAAAGCCUGAAGUGAAGGAAGAAAAGCCUGAAGUAAAGGAAGAAAAGAAGGAAGAAAAGGAGGAAAAGAAGGAAGAAAAGCCUGAAGUGAAGAAAGAAAAGCCUGAAGUAAAGGAAGAAAAGAAGGAAGAAAAGGAGGAAAAGAAGGAAGAAAAGCCUGAAGUGAAGGAAGAAAAGCCUGUAGUGAAGGAAGAAAAGCCUGAAGUGAAGGAGGAAAAGAAGGAAGACAAGGAGGAAAAGAAGGAAGAAAAGUCUGAAGUGAAGGAAGAAAAGCCUGAAGUGAAGGAGGAAAAGAAGGAAGACAAGGAGGAAAAGCCUGAAGUGAAGGAGGAAAAGAAGGAAGACAAGGAGGAAAAGAAGGAAGAAAAGCCUGAAGUGAAGGAGGAAAAGGAAGAAGACAAGGAGGAAAAGAAGGAAGAAAAGCCUGAAGUGAAGGAGGAAAAGAAGGAAGACAAGGAGGAAAAGAAGGAAGAAAAGCCUGAAAUGAAGGAGGAAAAGAAGGAAGAAAAGCCUGAAGUGAAGGAGGAAAAGAAGGAAGACAAGGAGGAAAAGCCUGAAGUGAAGGAGGAAAAGAAGGAAGACAAGGAGGAAAAGGAGGAAAAGCCUGAAGUGAAGGAAGAAAAGAAGACAGAAAUUAAGGCAGAAGAAAAGAAAGAAGUGAAGGAAGACAAACCAGCAGUGAAGGAAGACAAAAAGGAGGAGGUGAAGGAAGACAAGAAGACAGAGGAGGAAGAGGUCAAGAAGAAAGAGGAAGACAAGAAGGAAGAAGACAAGGAGGAAGAAAAGAAGGAAGACAAAACCAAAGACAAGGAGAAGAAAAAAAAGGAAGAAGAAAAGGAAGACAAAGGAGAGGAAGCACCCACUGAAGAAGACAAGGGAGAGAAGGAGAAGGGAGAGAAGGAGGAAGCAGAGACGAAGGAGAGGAAGACAGGGACAGCGAGAAGAGGAAGAAAGAUAACAAGAAGAAGACAAACAGAAGAAGGCCAUGACAGUGGGGUUGACGAGUCCACCCAGGCUAAGGAGAAUGGUGGCAGCCGGUCACCCUCAAAGAGUUCCCGCAGCUCACCCAAGAAGCGGAUGCCCCGAUCAUCCGACCCGUCCCCCAUGAAGACCCACACGCCCCAGUCAUCCGCCUCGGUAGAACGGAAAGUGCCCAUGAACAAGAUCGAGGUGGGGAAGAGCGCCUCGCCGAACCUGAAGGCCGUCAAGUCCAAGAUCGGCAGCAUGGACAACGCCACCUACAAGCCUGGCGGAGGGAAGGUCAAGAUCGAAUCCAAGAAGCUUGACUACUCCAAGGCAUCCAGCCGAAUCACAGCGAAGAACGACGCUUAUGCUCCCGGCGGAGGGGACAAGAAGAUUGAGUCCCAGAAGCUGAAGUGGAAUGUCCAGAGCAAGAUCGGGUCGCUGGACAACAAGGACCACAAGCCAGGCGGUGGGGACAAGAAGAUCGAGAGCCAAAAACUGAAGAUCUCGGCACAGUCUAAGAUCGGCUCCAAGGAGAACAUCAAACAUAAGCCUGGCGGUGGCGAGAUCAAGAGGAAGAAUUCAUCGGCAAGAUCUGAGGGCAAAAUUGAGAACAAGAAGCUGGAUUUCAAGGAGAAGGCCGCCAGCAAGGUUGGUUCACUAAACAACGUCCAGCACAAGGCAGGUGGAGGGGAUAAAAAAAUAUUUGACGACAAGGACUACUUGAAACAGGUGCAAGGUUCGCCGUGUCAAACUCCAACUAGUAAGGCUUCAUCCGAGGCCAACCUCUCGCGCACACAGAGCCCCAGUCCAGCCCUGACCUCCCCGGCCACACAGGAUGGGAGCAUCGAGCAGGGCAUUGCAGCUUCCGGCUCCAGCAGAGGACCGACCCCUGGGGCACACUGAGCAGCCGAUAACUUUGACCAGCGGAAGGAAAUGGUAACAAAGAAUCUGCCAAACUGAUGAAGAGAAGAACGGAGGAGUAGAAAAUAGAUGUGCCACUGGCGGUAGAUAAGCCAAAACUGUAUACAGACCAAUGGAGGUUCUGCCAUUUUUAUGCCACAGAACUAAGCAUGGAAAAAGCCACCCCUUAAGGAGCAUAUAACCGGGCUUGUCGGGUACCCUGGGUCCAUAGAUAAGCCAAACUUGCACUGUACUAUAGACUCAUGUAUUAACUUUAUCCUGUUCAUCUUUCAUUUAUUAAAGUUUAUCAUGGAAAAGAAGAGCUUGUUGGGUCGCCAAAGCUGCACUGUACAGACACACACUCACUCAUCAUAGAAUUGAGUACUACCUAUAUAGAGGCUUCAGUCACAGGAUGAACAAGGAAUAUACUUAUACUAGGAUGGACAAGGUAGAACUAACAACGGCUUACAGGCAGAGAGAUGGAGAGCCUUGAAAUAAGAAGCACACCAGGUAGAGAUGAAAUUAGAACCAUUACCUGAGCAGACAUGAAGGAAGAAAGGAAGGAGGGAGGGAGGGAGGGAGGGAGAAGAGGGAAUUAACAAAUACCAGCAUCAGAGGAGGUGGAGUAUGUUGGGAAAGGCCUUUGCUGUACAGUUGAUUAGUAUUGGCUGAUGAUUACGAUUAUAUAACUUACAGAGAUAAACAAAAUGUGAUAAUAUACUUGUAUGGAUGGUUGUACUAGGCUCAAGGAAGGAACACAGCUUCUCACUACUCAAGAAGUCUAUGGUAUACAAUUUGAGUACAGUUUGUAAUUCAUUAGAAAUCUGUAUGUAAUUUAUAUGCAUGUUAUCUGGGAUUUAAUAUGGCAUAAAGUAAGUUCUGCCUGUUGAUAUGGCCAAGCUGGGUGACUCGAAGUGUUUCCGAAAGACGACAUUCUGUGUAUUAGUGUUUCUUCCCAUUGCAUCAGAGUCUUGUGGCCUGUAGUAAGGGGAGAGAGCCAGGAUCAUGGUCUUGUGGCUUGUAGUAAGAGGAGAGAGGUCUGGCAUGGAGUUCACAACAAUAGAGGCAUGAAUUCACAAUGUAUGAUUCAGGAUGUUAUACAAAUCACAACCGUACAUUCUUGUGUAAAAGCCACCCUACUCAGGACUGUGAUAGGGUCAAUUGAGGAAGAAAAAUAGUAGUAGUAGUAGUAGUAGUAGUAGUAUAGUAGUAUGUAGUAGGAAAAGCAGUAUCCAUGCCAAAAUGAACCCCUAAUUCAACUUGGCUGUUAUGAAAUCCUAAAAAAAAUCACCUUUUACAAGAGUAUAUACAGAAGUCGAGAUGGAAAUUGAUGAGCCAGUAAGGAACACAACAUGAGUGAGAAAUGCUAGCCAAAAAUAAUAAUAAUAAUAAUAAUAAUAAUAAUAAUAAUAAUAAUAAUAAUAAUAAUAAUAAUAAUAAUAAUAAUAACCAGGAACAGCUUUGGCUUGUCAACAGCAGAACCUCCAGAGCGACAGACAGAUUUGUAUAGCCAUAGACCGAGCCUAACGUAACUUUCGGCUUUGACGCCCUUAACAUUCAUACUUCAACCGCAGUUAUGAUCGCGCUGUAACUGC